CCAUGGCGGCGCUGGGCGACACGGCGCGGCUGGCGGCCGCGGCGCAGCGCGGGGCGGCGGCGCUGUGAGGAGCCGCGCGGGGCCUGCGCGGCGCGGCGCCGGGCGGGCAUGGCGGGCCGCGGCCGCCGCGCCUGGCUCAGCGUCCUGCUGGGGCUGGUGCUGGGCUUCGUGCUCGCCUCGCGCCUCGUCCUGCCCCGCGCCUCCGAGCUGGCGGCGGCGGCGCGGCCCCGCCGAGCCCGCCCGCAGGGCUGCCGCCCGCCGCCCGCUGCCGCCGCCCCGCCGCGCCGCCCCGGCCCGCCGGCACAGAGCUUCCUCUUCGUGGGGGUCAUGACGGCGCAGAAGUACCUGCGGAGCCGUGCUGUGGCCGCCCACCGAACAUGGUCCAAAAGCAUUCCUGGCAAGGUUGAAUUCUUCUCCAGCGAGGGUUCAGACACCUCUAUUCCCAUCCCCAUCGUGCCGCUUCCAGGUGUAGAUGACUCCUACCCACCCCAGAAGAAAUCUUUCAUGAUGCUCAAAUACAUGCAUGACCACUACUUGGACAAAUAUGAAUGGUUUAUGAGAGCUGAUGAUGACGUUUACAUCAAAGGGGACAAGCUAGAGAACUUCCUCAGGAGUUUGAACAGCAGCGAGCCCCUUUUUCUCGGGCAGACUGGCCUCGGCACCACGGAGGAGAUGGGAAAGCUGGCGCUAGAACCGGGUGAGAACUUCUGCAUGGGGGGACCAGGAGUGAUCAUGAGCCGGGAAGUCCUGCGGAGAAUGGUGCCCCACAUUGGCGAGUGCCUGCGAGAGAUGUACACCACCCACGAGGACGUGGAAGUGGGAAGAUGCGUACGGAGGUUUGCGGGAGUGCAGUGUGUAUGGUCCUAUGAGAUGCAGCAGCUGUUCUAUGAAAAUUACGAGCAGAACAAAAAAGGCUAUAUCCGAGACCUGAGGAACAGCAAAAUCCACAGAGCCAUUACGCUGCACCCCAACAAGAACCCCCCGUACCAGUACAGGCUGCACAGCUACAUGUUGAGCCGCAAGAUCGCCGAGCUGCGCCACCGCACCGUGCAGCUGCACCGGGAAAUCGUCCUGAUGAGCAAAUACAGCAACACCGAAAUCCGCAAGGACGACCUGCAGCUGGGGAUGCCGCCCUCCUUCAUGCGGUUCCAGCCCCGCCACCGGGAAGAAAUCCUGGAAUGGGAGUUUCUUACAGGGAAGUAUUUGUAUUCGGGUGCCGACGGGCAGCCGCCUCGCAGAGGAAUGGACUCGUCUCAGCGCGAAGCCUUGGAUGACAUCGUUAUGCAGGUCAUGGAAAUGAUCAACGCCAACGCUAAGACCCGGGGGAGGAUCAUCGAUUUCAAGGAAAUCCAGUAUGGCUAUCGCCGAGUAAAUCCCAUGUAUGGAGCAGAGUACGUUCUUGACUUGUUGCUUCUGUACAAAAAGCAUAAGGGGAAGAAGAUGACCGUCCCCGUGAGGAGACACGCGUACUUGCAGCAGACGUUCAGCAAGAUCCAGUUUCUGGAGCACGAAGAGAUGGACGCCAAAGAGCUGGCCAGCAAAAUCAACCAGGACUCCGGAUCCUUGUCGUUCCUCUCCAACUCGCUGAAGAUGUUCGUUCCCUUCCAGCUCAGCCGAUCGAAAGUAGAGAGGAAGGAACUCAAAGACAAGAAGAUCAACAUUCUGAUUCCUCUCUCAGGACGGUUCGACAUGUUCGCGAGAUUCAUGGGGAAUUUUGAAAAGACGUGCCUCAUUCCAAACCAGAACGUCAAGCUGGUUGUCCUGCUUUUCGAUUCCAACUCCAACCCUGACAAAGCGAAGCAGAUCGAUCUGAUGAGAGAUUACCGCUCCAAGUAUCCCAAGGCUGACAUGCAGGUCCUGCCGGUGUCGGGCGAGUUCUCCAGGGCCCUGGCUCUGGAGGUCGGAUCUUCUCAGUUCCAGAACGAGUCUUUACUUUUCUUCUGUGAUGUUGACUUGGUGUUUACCACAGAGUUCCUCCAGCGGUGUAGAGCCAAUACAGUUUUGGGUCAACAAGUGUAUUUUCCCAUCAUUUUUAGCCAGUAUGAUCCAAAGAUUGUUUAUAGUGGAAAAGUUCCUAGUGACAAUCAUUUUGCCUUCACCCAGAAAACGGGUUUCUGGAGGAACUAUGGCUUUGGCAUUACCUGUAUUUACAAAGGUGAUCUUCUUCGAGCCGGUGGCUUUGAUGUCUCCAUCCAAGGCUGGGGCCUUGAAGACGUAGACCUAUUUAACAAAGUCAUUCAAGCUGGCUUAAAAACUUUCCGAAGCCAAGAAAUUGGAGUGGUCCACGUGCAUCACCCUGUGUUUUGUGACCCUAAUCUUGAUCCAAAACAAUACAAAAUGUGCUUGGGGUCCAAAGCUUCAACUUAUGGGUCCACACAGCAGCUGGCUGAAAUAUGGUUUGAAAAAAACGACCCCAGUUUUGGGAAAAGCAGCAAUACUAGUGGCUCGGUGAGGACAGCCUGAUGUCCAGCUAUGCUGGAUGAGACUUUUUUUUUAAUUAUCUAAUUUAUUUUUGGGAAAAUGUUUUUUGAUAAUUCACUUUUGAAAGAUCACACAGGAUAUAUUUUAGAAACCAUCGUUGUUUUCUUACAAAGCGCUCGUUUUGCGAAGAACAAGGCCGUUGGUUUUUUUGUUGUUGAUGUGGUUUUGAUUUUGAACAAAACUGUGAUCGAUAUUUGCCUUCAAACAAAAGAUUUGUUUUAGAGUUAUCUGACCAAUCAGCAGAAGUCUGACUUGAAUUAGACUUUCCUGAUGAACAAAAGAUUGUUUCCCACCUUUUCCCUUGCUGUCUGCAGCGCUGGGAUUCUGUAAACCGGGACCGCGUGUGACGCCGAGUGACAAGCUCGAUGUUUCGUUGGGACUCCUGCCCUGCAGAGAUUCCGCUCCUUUUGUUAAGGGUAGCCGGGCAUUUCUGAAUUGCGUUAGAACACGACAAAUGGCGGUGGCGGUGAGAAGGGUGUUAAUGGCAGGAGGGCCGCUCUUUGGGUUUGUUUCUUUAUGUUUUGUUUUUGCAGAUGGCUGAUGAUUUCAGUUUAAAACCACGCUUCCCUGAGCACGGCCAGGCGACCCCGAGGGAGGGAGGAGAGUAAAGCACAACCCGCUAUCCCAGUAGCCCUGCUAGAAAUUAUUGUCUUUUAUAUUUGGUCCAUAUAUGGACGUAAUAUUUUAAGAAUCCGUGGUGGGUUCUGUGUAUUAUCCUCAAC